AGCAAUUAGAGCGAAUUAUCUAGGGAACGGUGGUCGUAGAAUAAUAAUUGGUUGAAACUACAUCAUCGCUAGGCGAGAACUUUCGAAAGAAAUUACAGUUUUAUUGAUCUCACUUAUGAAACGCAGACUGUCAGGAAGAAUAGACAUAGAAGAGCAAGAGUCGUGAUGAAUGAUAAAAAAGUUGAAAUAAAAGACGUGUUGCUUUUAAACGAACGGGUCUUUUCGAUAUGCGACGCGUGGCCAUUGAGCAAUUCUUACAAAAAGUUCCUCAUGUAUUUGUCCUAUCUGUCCGUUCAUUUGGUCAUCAUGUAUAUGGAUCUGUACGAUGUGAUGGGCGAGUUGGAAUACUUGGUGGAGAAUAUAAUAGACAACACGAUCGCUACGACAACUUAUUUUAUGCUCUUCCUCUUUCGAUUCAGUAAAUUGCUCAAGAACGUGAUCACCAUUACGAAAGACGAACUAGCGCGGAAUGAAUUUCGAAACAACGAAGAGAUGCAAUUGUAUUUGUCCUACAAUACUAUUUCUGACAAUUUUGGCAGAUACGCGGUGACUACGACCGCUGUAAUAGCUGUAAUGUGGUAUAUUACCCCUAUGUUGGAAUUAUUAAAAGCUACCUCAUUGUCAGAUAAACAUAAUAGUUCAAAGAUUUACCGGUUACCAUUUCGAGUUCAUUCUUGGGUCGAUUACGAAGACAAUUUACAAAAUUACAUUCUCAUGUACGUGUACCAAAUUCCUUUGACGCUUAUAGCAUUAUUACAUAUAAGCAGCAUUAGUUUGUUACUCAGUUUAGUGUUGCACGUGUGCGGAAAAUUUGCAAUUUUGUCAUAUCGUAUACAAAACAUAACUGACGAUUCGACGGAUUCUUUUCAACGUAAGGUUAAAGAGAUGGUGGAUAGACACGUGGAGCUAAUACUGAGGGCAAAUUCUUUGAAUUCAGCGCUUCAAAUAUUUCUUGCGAUAGAACUCACGCAAACGAGCAUUAGAAUGGCUGUUCUAAUGUACACGAUUCUACUGACCGACGACAUCGUGAACAUUUUCACCUAUGGUUUAUACGUGACAAUAGUCACUUUGAUGCUGUAUCUGUACUCGUACAUAGGUGAACGAUUAGAGUACGAGUCUCGAAAAGUAAACGACGCAUUCUACGACGCUGACUGGCUGAAACUGUCGAUUCGUAAUCAAAAAUUUUUACUCUAUUGUAUGUCUAAUGGACGUAAAACGUUGCAUCUCACGGCUGGUAAAUAUUACGCCUUUUCGCUGUCCGGUUUUAUCCAAGUGGGUAUAGUAGAUUCCCGUGUAUACAAUAAUCGAAGACUGUUACAGGAGAAGGCUCGAGUUAAAGACGUGCUCGUUCUAAACGAACAGAUCUAUUCGAUGUGCGAUGUUUGGCCAUUGAACAAAUCGUACACGAAGUUCGUCAUGUACGCGUCCUAUCUUUUCGUUCACCUGAUCGUCAUGAAUAUAAAUCUCUACGACGUGAUCGGAGAUUUGACAGAGACAGUUAAGAACAUAACAGACAGCGCGAUCAUGACGACAACCUUUAUCAUGAUAUUUCAAGUUCGAUUCAGCAAAUUGAUCAGGAACGUGAUUAUAGUAGUAAAAAAGGAACUAGCGAGUGGUGAUUUUGAAAAUAUCGACGAACUUGACUUGUAUCUAUCUUACAAUAAAGUAUCGAAUAAUUUUGGGAAAUACGCGAUUAGGGGAAGCUUUAUCACCUGGUUAUGGUGGUAUACAGGUCCUCUGAUACAUGCGCUGCUAUCGGGUUCAGUUACAGGAAAAGGCAACGAUACAAAAUCUUUCGUGCUACCCUUUUCUGCUCGUGCUUUUGUCGAUUACGAAGACAACUUUCAGAAUUAUAUGAUUAUGUUCGUGUAUCAAUUACCUAUAAUGUUUGUCGCACUGUUUCAUACAAACACUGUUAGUUUGAUUUUUAAUUUGGUGAUGCACGUGUGUGGGAAAUUUUCAAUCUUGUCCCAUCGUAUUCAAAAUAUUCAAGUAGAUUCACUUUCGGUCAAUCAGUUUACUAGUAAAAUUAAGGAGUUGGUGAAUACGCAUCUAAAACUGAUCGUGAUGACAAAAAUGCUCAAUUCAGCACUUGAUAUUAUUCUACUGAUAGAGCUGAUACAAACGAGUAUAAGGAUGGGCGUACUCGUCUAUAUGUUGUCGACCGAGAUGGGAAAUUUUCUGAAUACUCUCAGGUAUACGUUAUACAUUAUUGCGGUCACUGCUAUACUUUAUUUGUACUCGUACAUAGGCGAAUGCAUGGCGCAGGAGUCAACGAGAGUGAUCGAAGCGUACUAUGAUUUCAACUGGUUGAAAUUAUCAAUAAAAGAUCAAAAAACAUUGUUGCUUUGUAUGAUCACCGGGCGAAGACCGAUGUACAUCACUGCUGGCAAAGUUUACAUAUUCUCCUUAUUCGGUUUUAUCGGCAUCUUGAAAACCUCGUUCGGAUUUGUUUCCCUCUUACAAGCUGUGAUUUAAUUCAAAAGAUAAACAUUUCAACCGAACUGUUGUUAUAUUAUAGUUUCAUGUUAUAUUUUAUGGAUUGUUUGUUUAAAAUAAAUAUAUAAUGGACUGAUUAAAG